GAAGGGACCAACCGGUGCGUGCCGUUUUUGGAAGAGCACGAUGAACAACCCAAAGUAUCCCCCUUUGAGACACUGCAGUGGCUAGAUAUUCUCCGGAGAUCUCUCUCUGUUGUGGCUUCAUCGGUAGCAUUCUAGCACUCUUUGCGCAGAUUUGAGUUGCAAACUGCGAACAACAAAACAAAAAGAGCAUGAAUCCUCGUGUGAUUGUAUCAUUUGCACUGCUUUGGGUGGACCUUCUAGUAGCCCCCAUGGAUGCAAUGCAUGCCAACCAUUGGGGUCAUUUGCCUGAUCAACUCGCCUACUUUCCUUCGUCAUCUUCAGAAUCAGAUGAUGAAGAUUCUGACGAUGAUGGAUACUACGAUAGUUUCAAGGAGGAGUGGAGAACUAUUUCUGCCAAUUCAACUCGUCGUGUCUUUAACUUUGGGGUGGGAAGUUUGACCAGCUACGGUUCUCGACAACACACAGUUGAUCCAGUCAUGCCAGAGCCUCCACCUACCAUCGCACCAGCAUACCCCGAUCGAGUCCACGGCAUUGUACGAGAGCUUGGUGCGUGCUAUCAUUGGGCAGCUGCCAGUGCGAGGCCAUGUUUCCCAGACAGAGACAACUGCACUGUGCCUGUUGUAGGGGUGUUUUUCGAGAUAUACGAGGAGGAAUGGCCCAGGUUUCGAGACCGUGAAAGCAACUAUGACUUGCUGGAAAUCACCCCCAGUUUUCCACUCCCUCGAGGACUGGAUCCCGAUGCCUACUUCUUCGCUUGGGGGAACCUGUCAAGCAGUGGGGAAUCACCACAAUGUAACAACAAAUGGAGCCCAUGGGGCAAGUCUGUCGUAUCGACGGCUUACUGGGAUUACAUGAUUGGAGGAUUACUGGCGUGGGAUGGGCAGUUGUUGGACUCGGGGAGAUUCACUUGGGACCUCAUCGCCGAACUGGACUUGCUGGACGACAUGGCAUCCAAAGCGUAUCAAGUACCGAGUAUACCAUUGGCGGAACGCCGAAGGUUGGCCGUGGAUUUUGUAAGAUCGACAAAGCACUCCUCCAAUCUGCCCUGGGUCGACGAUCGCAAAUGCCCAUUCUCGGGUGACUCCAACGUGACACCACUAUCCAAUCUUUCAGAGAACGUCCUGGCAACGGGGCCCACAGCCGAGGCGAUUGGAACCGUCUCCCCUCCCUUUUCCAAAGAAUUCCACGACUAUGUCGAUGCCAUUUUAGUGGAAGGAGGGUGGGAGCACGGAGCACUCAAUAGCAUCCAUGAUCGAAUCGACGCCUGCCAAAAGUAUCAUGGCUUUCCCGAUCGCUCGGAUUGGACGAGAAAUCCGUAUUACGAAGAUAUUCGCCUCUUCUCCAAAUUGGUCGCACAAGUGGAGGUUUAAGCUGGGGCCCGUGCUUACGUAUAUGACCAGGACUUUUGAAUAUGCCAUCUGUGGUAGUCGUGCUUUGGUCUUUCUGGAGCAACCAGGGCAAUGGCAAACAUCUGCAGCAGCUUACAAUCUACCUCAGUAACUUCCCCUGUUGCUGGCCUCCAGCUAGGUACCUGGUACCGGUUUAUUUACCGGCACGACAAGAACACUUUUUGCUGCAAGGAAUGACAGUUCUGCUUGUGGUCAGGCCUACCAAAUAAUUCAAUUACUUCCCACCUGUUUGACACCUUGUGUACUUGUGUCCACUGCAUCGGUGAGGAGACCAACAGAUGCUUGGCGUGCUUGGAAACAAGUUGGCACCAUGGAAUUAGUCUAGAACUACAGAAUUAACUUGUAAGUUUCUUUUUCUUUCUGCCC